AUGGCCGCCUGCGGGGCCCGCCGCGACCCAGCGCAGCCCGCGGCCCGCGCGGGGGGCGGAGAGAGCGGAGCGAGGGCACAGCGCCCCGGCCAGCUCCGCCGGUGGCACUCACGCAGCGGCGGGCAGCGGGGGCGGAGCCUCGGCGAGCUCUCGGGCUGGGGGCGGGGCCGCGGCGAGCACACGGGCUGGGGGCGGGGUUCUCGGGUAGCUCACGGGUGGGGGCGGGGCCUCAGCGAGCUAGCGGGCGGGGGCGGAGCCGGGGAGCACGGUGCCUCGGCUCGCUCGCGGACUGGGGCGGGACAAGGGGCGGGGUCAGAGGCGGGGCCCCAUCGAGCUCGAGUGUGGGGGCGGGGCCAUAGGCGGGACCCCAUCGCGCUCGCGGGCGGGCGGGGGCGGGGCUGGGGCGGGACCUCAGCGAGCUAG